AUGGCGCCAUCGAAGAGCGGAUCGGUAGCUCGAAGAGGUGCCACCACCAGCGCCAGCAAACGCGCUCGCUCGCAUCGGCACGAAGACGAUUAUUAUGCAUCUACGAGCAGGCCAGCAAGGUCAAAGCCAGUGAGCAAAUCCAUAACCUGGCGAGAUGGACAGAUUGAUAGUGACCAUGAUCAGACACCUUCCAAGCUGCAUCAACCACGUUCGGGGACUGGCGAGGCAAGCCACCGGCACAGGAGUCCAGAGAGGAGCAAUAUCAGUGGGCCUGAAAAGCAGUUGCAGGCGGAGGAAUGCGAUGACGAUGUACCAUAUGAUUCCGAUGAGACUCCUCCAGGCGGCGGGCUGAUUCGGACACGCGGAUCUCAGGCUAGUGUGGAAGAUGAGACGCCUAGUGCAGGGCGCAGUCCGACCAAAAAUCUGCUCGGCAAGCCAGAGAAUGCACAAGUAGUGCGGUAUAUCGGUUGCCUGGCCAUUGGAGGUCCCAAGGGUGAAGACGGGUGGGCAGAACUCCUCGCAGACCAAGGGUGUCGGAAAGCGCUGGUUGUUGGAAUCAUCGGUCGAGCGUUGAAGGAGCAUGUUUUUGGAAGCCUGUGGUUUGGUGCGACAGCCGAGCAGCUCACGCGACUUGAGGACAUGGAGCGCAGUCGGGUGAUGAUGGAUAAGGAUGGAUUCUCGCGGACGAAAAUGAGGGCAGAAGUGGUGAAGGGGUUCGCAGCUUCGGAGGAUGAUGUCGAGUUCGCCAUCAACAAGAUCAACCUUCAGCUGUCAAGCAUGCUCGCACCAUUCUGGCAGCAAGCGACUCGAGUGCCUCCCAGCGUGCAUUGGAAGUUGAAGCAGAUUGUGAGGAAAGCUGCGGAGGCCAGCCGUGCGAUGCGGCAACAGGAAGACGUGGUGUACUACUGGCCGCCGACGUUCAAGGACGAGGAGUUUGAGCCGGCGCGCAUGGAGUGCUACAACCUGAACGAGAUGAUUUCGCACAGCCCGUACGACAAGACGAAGGUGCAGGGCAAAUUCGAGCGGGCGAUGCUGCGCGAGGGCGAAGAGCAGCGGAGCGAGGCCAUCGUGCGGGUUGUGUGCUUCCCGGGGCUGGUGGCAUACCGGCAGCACGGGGGCGACAUGGCGGUGGAGGAGAUGCAGGCGGACGAGCGCGAGAACUCGCAUGCGCCAGAAGACGUGCGCCGGGCGCGAAUGCGCUUCGGGGAGAAGCUGGACGUCAACCACGGCUUCCGCUCGCGCGUCCUGUGCAAGAGCGUGGUACAGCUGCAAUGGGGCCAGCAGAGGCUGUUGACGCGGGAAGCCGGCACUUCGGCUCACAUCGAUGCCGUGAAGGCGGGCAACAUGCGGCGGUAUGAGGACGACUCCAAGGCCUUCCGCGAGCUGCACCACCUGUUCGAUGCGAGGCACGGCCGGACGACGACGACGCACCGGGCGGGCCGGAGCUCCACGUGA